AUGAUACACUUUAUGUUGGCCAAAGUGGAAAUUGUUAUGGUAACAUUCUCAACACCUUUAACUGAACGUCAAACUGUAGAUUUGGAUAUAAAGAAUGACUGGAAUAAAGCUAUCAUUUUUAAAAUGAAAACCACGAGACCUGAUGCCUUUAAGAUGAAACCUGUGUAUGGACACAUCGAUUGUGGUAGCACGAAAAAAAUAGUUUUAACACUGAAAAAAUGGGAUCCUACAAAGAAGCCAAAAAAAAACGACCAUUUUACGGUAGUUAUGGCGCCAGCGCCAGAUAAAUGCAGCAAUCCUAUGAAAACAUGGAAAAGCUGGAAAGAAAGCAAAAAAUCUGAAUCAAGUAUUGGUGCGUGUCGACGUGUAAUUAAGAUAACGUACAAAGGAAUGUCGUUUUCGGAUGAGAAGAAAAAAGCAAAAGGUGAACUGCCAAAGGCGCAAGCACUAAAAGUUGAAGAAGAAGAAGCUAAGAAAGUUAAGAAGGAAGAAAAAGCAACAGCUGGCGAAGAUGCAAAAGAAGAAGAGAAGUUAGAAGACGAAGGAGAGAAGAAGGCAAAACGAAAGACGAAGAAGAAAAAAGAAGAGGAGGAGGAAGAGGAAGAAGAAAAGCCGAAGAAAAAGGGCAAAAAGGGAAAGAAAGUAGAGGAAGAGGAGGAGGAAGAUGACGAGGAGGAGGCAGAAAAGCCUAAAAAGAAAUGCAAAAGUCCAGAGAAGGAAGAUGAGGAUGAAGAAGAAGAGAAAGCGAAAAAUAAAGGAAAGAAGGAGGACGAGGAUGAUGAGGGAGAAGGGGAAGAGUGA